CAAGCUUGUCAGAAACUUGUGUGUCCUUAGAAACUACUGCGAACAUGGUUAUGAAAGCUGUCUGUGUGCUGAAAGGAGCUGGAGAGACCAGCGGGACUGUUUAUUUUGAGCAGGAGAGUGAUGCAGCAGCUGUGAAGCUGACCGGUGAAAUCAAAGGCCUUGCUACUGGAGAGCAUGGUUUCCAUGUCCAUGCUUUUGGAGACAAUACAAACGGGUGCAUCAGUGCAGGCCCUCACUUCAAUCCCCACAACAAGACUCAUGCAGGUCCUAAUGAUGAAGACAGGCAUGUUGGAGACUUGGGGAAUGUGACAGCUGAAGAUAAUGUUGCCAACAUUGACAUCACAGACGAGAUGAUCACCCUCACUGGCCCCCACUCAAUCAUUGGCAGAACCAUGGUGAUCCAUGAGAAGGCCGACGACCUGGGAAAAGGAGGCAAUGAUGAGAGUCUGAAGACGGGCAAUGCUGGCGCUCGUCUGGCGUGUGGAGUCAUUGGCAUCGCCCAGUAAUCACUCUGCCACAACAUCCAGCACUGGAAACGCACUUCUCCCCAAAGCACUUGACGAGACCAACAUAGCUACUUGAUGUGACAGUUUCUCCUUUUCAAUACUCUGUGGCUUUGUAUUAAUGAGUAAAGAGAGUAGAGCAGCCAUGAUUUACCCCGUUUGUUCUGACAAUUGUAUGUAUGGGUUUGUCUGCUCAUAAGUUUUGGUCCCAUAGAAUUGGUAACGCACAAUAAAUAAAUGUAUAAACCGUGGAGCAAAGUUGUCAGUU